CGCCCUGUACCAGUCGCGGCCGCUCGCGCUCCCAGACUCGGCGUCCAACGAGGACCGCGAGACGAACCGGCUCGAGGUGCACACGGCGCUGCACACGCUCAAGGGCGUGUUCGAGGCCCUGAUCAAGCAGGGGCGCCUGCACGGCGUCCUCAAGGGCGCCAAGCGCGUCCGCGUCGACACGGCCGAGGGCAGGAAAGAGGUGGCCAAGGAGGACGACAGCGUCGAGAAGGUCAAGGCGUGGCUCAAGCUGCGGUGGGACGACUACCUCGCCCAGACGGCACGCGUCGUUGGCGCACACUGGGACAGCAGCGUCAGGCUGUCGGCGCUCAACGCCCUCAUGUCGCUUGUCCGCACCGAGUCGUGGUUCCUCACGUCGCUCCACCCGGACCGUCAGGCCAAGUUUGCCCACGCCACGUUCGCCCACGUCGUGCGCGCCAUCCUGCUCCCGCCGCCGCAGUCGGGCGACGAUGGCGAGAUCAAGCCCGACGUCGCCGAUGAGUGGCAGAAGUGGUGGGACCGCUGCGACGACGUGCGGUACUGGUUCCUGCGCGAGGCAGCCACCCUCCUGUCGUCCUUUGCCCGCUCGCCGUCGAACCCGUCGCCGCCUCCUGUCCCGCCGACCCUCAUCCCCAACACGAUCUCGGUCCUCGAGUCGCUCACGACCAUGCCGACCUCGUCGUCGGAGCUCAACGAGUGGUUCUGCGCGACGCCGACC